UGCGGGGCGAGGCGGCGGUCCCAUCACACCGGGCGGGGGAAGAGCCCCUCCGACGCGCUUGCGGAGGCGCCGCCAGGUCUUCCGAGCCUCCUGGCCCUCGGCAUCCCGGGGGCUGUGGCUGAGAAAAUGGGUGAACUGCCCUUAGAUAUCAACAUCGAGGAACCUCGCUGGGACCAAAGCACUUUCCUGGGCAGAGCCAGGCACUUCUUCACUGUCACGGAUCCCCGAAAUCUACUGCUAUCCAGGGCACAGCUGGAAGCUUCCCGCAACAUUGUACAGAACUACAGGGCCGGCGUGCUCACUCCGGGGCUCACUGAGGACCAGCUGUGGAGGGCCAAGUACGUGUACGACUCUGCCUUCCACCCGGACACGGGAGAGAAGGUGGUCCUGAUUGGCCGCAUGUCAGCCCAGGUGCCCAUGAACAUGACCAUCACUGGCUGCAUGCUCACCUUCUACAGGACGACCCCCACCGUGGUGUUCUGGCAGUGGGUGAACCAGUCCUUCAACGCCAUUGUAAACUACUCCAACCGCAGCGGCGACGCUCCCAUCACCGUGGGGCAGCUGGGAACAGCCUAUGUGAGUGCCACCACCGGGGCUGUGGCCACGGCUCUCGGACUCAAAUCCCUCACCAAGCACCUGCCUCCCCUGGUCGGCAGAUUUGUGCCCUUCGCAGCGGUGGCAGCCGCCAACUGCAUCAACAUCCCUCUGAUGCGGCAGAGGGAGCUGCAGGUGGGCAUCCCGGUGACUGAUGAGACAGGUCAGAGGCUUGGCCACUCGGUGACUGCGGCCAAGCAGGGAAUCUUCCAGGUGGUGGUGUCGAGAAUCUGCAUGGCGAUUCCUGCCAUGGCCAUCCCCCCUGUGAUCAUGAACACUCUGGAGAAGAAAGACUUCCUGAAGCGCCGACCCUGGCUGGGGGCACCCCUGCAGGUGGGACUGGUGGGCUUCUGCCUGGUGUUCGCCACGCCCCUGUGCUGUGCCCUGUUUCCCCAGAGGAGCUCCAUACAAGUGAGCAGGCUGGAGCCGGAGCUGAGGGCUCAGAUCCACGAGCAAAAGCCGAGCAUCGAAGUGGUUUACUACAACAAGGGGCUCUGAGGGGGGUCAGCCUGUCCCCUCCCUUACUGCCUGGGCUGUUGCUUUCAUGGUGCCUUGCCAUCACUGCCACUUGCCCAGCUGCCUUGUAUGGGGCAAGAGGUGUGGGGGAGGGGAGCAGCUACAGAUACCAGCAACCCACUAGGGUGGGGGAGGUGCUCCCAAAAGCCUUUUUCUCUCUUCUCUGUUUUCAAAGAGUGACAUCACAUAACCCCUCCUUACCUGUGCUUGUGUGUCCACAUACAUACAUGCAUGAGACAUGUAUGUGUAUGUUGGUCCUGGAAGAAAGUGGCAGACAUACUAUCCUGGGAUGUCCUGAUACCUGGCGUCCCUUCUCAGUGGCCUGCCCACCUGCCAGCCAGGUCAAGGUGGGACUUCCGUCCCUGAACUGUUUCACUGGCCAUCACUUCUGAUAGUGCCUCACCCUUUCUAGACACAGGAAGAGCCCCAGGCUCCCAAGAGAGGGACGGAGGGCCACUAGCAGGCCAAAGUGGGCUGAAUCCUUCCAGUUUUUGAGACCUGGCUCCCAAAGCUGACUCUGGAAUCGGCUGGCUCAGGAAGCCACAGUGUGGUAAGGGGAGGCAGGGGGCUCACGCAUCCCUCGGCAGCACCCCCACACCCUGGAACAGUCCCUCUUCCACUCCUCUUCUAUACCAGAACAAAGCAGUGUUAGUAGCCUGUGCUGCUCUUGCUGUUCCCCGACUCCCCCAGACCUCAACGCUGGUGUCUUUAGGCACCACUUAGGAGUUCUUGAUCUGCUCUGACAUCAUGACCUCAGACUGAAACCCCACCAUUCCAACCCCUUUUCCCAACCAAAGAGCCACAAAGGCAGAGCGAGCAUUUCCCUUUAAGAGCUCCCACUGUACCUGCUCACAGAGGGUCCCAGAUGUGGGAGCAGUGCUUAAACUCCUCAGGCACCCAAGUGGUUGUAGCCAGGACACCCUCAAAGGCAACCAGGCCCUGAGUGUGCGAUCGUCAGACCGGGGAUUCUGUGUCCCACUGGCCCCUGUGGGACAAUCAGCAAAGCCCUCACCUUAGCUGCUCCGCUUUCUCGAGGCUUGGCCCCGCUCCUACCUCCACCCCAACCCCAAGGAGAGGAAGGGCCCGGGCAUCAAUGGUGGGUCCAAGUGGAACAUGGACGUGGGGUGGGAUGGCUGGGGGCGAAUUCAGAGCUCAGUCUCGACUGCAGCUCCAUGGACACUGGCUGGAGCGGUGGUGGCGGUGGGCUGGACAGAAGGCCUCAGUGGAUGCUCUGGGGGCACUUUCCCAGGCCACCAGCGCCGGUGACAACAGCCAUGCUGCCACUGCUACUCAAUAAACUACAAGCCUAUCUCCUU